UCGAGCCACGGCGGGGCGCGAGGCCGACGGGGUACCGUGCUGAUAUUGGUGGUGCUUCUGGUGCUUCUGGUGCUUCUGCUGCCACGCCAUGCUCGACACAACCUCCAGCAAAGACACUAUUUCCAGCUACAUCAAGGACACCAGGGUGGGCGAGGGUACCUACGCUGUGGUCUAUGUCGGCCAGCACUCGCCCUCCCACAGAAGAGUUGCCAUCAAGGAGAUCAAAACCAUCAUGUUCAAAGAUGGCUUGGAUAUGAGUGCCAUCAGAGAGAUGAAGUACUUACAGGAGUUGCACCAUGUCAACAUCAUCAACCUCAUCGAUGUCUACUACGAGUUUGAAAACCUAAACCUCGUUCUCGAGUUCCUUCCCAACGACUUGGAAAUGCUCAUCAAGGACAAAAAUCUAAUCUUCUCUCCCUCCGAUAUCAAAUCAUGGCUACUCAUGACCCUCAGAGGCAUCCACCACUGCCAUCGAAACUUCAUCAUCCACAGAGAUUUAAAACCAAACAACUUGUUAAUCUCACCCCUGGGCAUUCUCAAAAUCGCUGAUUUUGGUCUUGCGAGAUCCUUUGGCGCUAAUCCAAACGAACUCUUCACUUCAAACGUCGUUACAAGAUGGUACAGAGCUCCUGAAUUGCUAUUUGGCUCCUGCCAUUACACCGACAAGAUCGAUAUCUGGUCAAUUGGCAUUAUCUUCGCUGAACUAAUGCUAAGAACCCCCUACUUGCCUGGUUUAAACGACCUAGACCAACUCGAUAUCACCUUCAAGGCUUUGGGAACUCCAACUGAGAUCAAUUGGCCUAACGUCUCUUCCUUGCCCCUUUACAAAAAUUUGAAUAUCUAUCCAAAGCCUUCGAGAGACGAGUUACGAAGAAGAUUCUUAGCUGCAACUGAAAACGCUUUAACUUUGCUCAUCAAAAUGACUGAGCUAGAUCCCUCUGCAAGAUUCAAUUCUGAUCAGUGCCUACUAUCUCCUUACUUUCUUGAAAUACCUCAUCCAACUCCCCCAAGGAAUCUACCAAAAUCAAUAAAAAAUCAGGAAAAACAAUAAAAAAAUCAAGAAAAACAACAACUCUUUAUAAGUAUUAACUUAAUUACAUCAAUUUAAAUUAUAUAUUAGCUAUAAUAAUCAUCAUAAUCAUAAUAAGAUUUAAAUUAGAUCACGUGUUUAUUUUCAUCUUUCAUCUUUCAAAAUGACCAAUAAAAUUCCUUCUUCAUCUUCAUACUAUUCUUCAUCCAUCUUCAUCCAUCUUCAUUUUUUGGUUUAAAAAUGUUACCAAAUAAUUUAAUUAAAUACAGUAUUAC